AUGCAUCCCGGUAGGAUCGUCCUCAACAGCCAACCAAGAAGACAGACGAGCGCAGAGAAGGAAGCUAACAAUGAACGCACCCAGGAAGCCCUUGCCAAAAAGGUUGCAGUGCUGAAGAGAGGUUAUCAAUGGAUCAGCAAAAUCAAGGAUGAAAUGGAGGUCAACCAAAGUGGUGUCACUGCCAGCGCUAAGCCCAUCAAGCCAUGUCCUCAUCCUCAUCCUCGUCCUCAUGCUGUUGGCAGGCAAAGAAAUGAGAGUGAUGAUGGGACGAAUGAGCCACUUACCCCCUAG